AUGACAAUGAUAAAUAGCGAUCCGAGUCGGAUGAAUCUCAGCUUUUCCGGUUGCGGUUUUUUGUGCUUGUAUCACGCUGGAGUGGCUGCUGCAAUAAAGGAAUAUGCUCCCGAGUUGAUGCAAAAAGGAACAAUCUCCGGAGCAAGCGCUGGAGCGAUCGUUGCCGCUGGCCUAGUCACUGACGUUUGUAUCAGUCAAGCCACAUCAACGAUGCUGAGGAUAGUCAGAGAAGCCAGAUCAAGCUCCCUUGGUGUCAUCUCUCCAAACUUCGAUCUAAUGGGACUCGUCAAAGAGGAAAUCAGAAGAUAUUUACCGCCAGAUGCAUAUAUCAGAUGUUCUGCUCGUCUUAAAAUCUCUGUAACUCGAUGGAGUGAUAAAAAGAAUGUUAUUCUCGAAGAUUUCGCUAACAAUGAUGAGCUUGUUGAUGGUAUUACUUGUUCCUGUUUUAUUCCUGGUGUUUGUGGAGUGAUUUUGCCAACAUUUCGUGGAGUAAGAUAUGUGGAUGGAGGAUUUUCCGAUAAUUUGCCUCUAUUUGAUGAUCAUACAGUCACCGUUUCACCAUUUAGCGGUGAAAGCGAUAUUUGUCCACUCGAUUAUGAAUCAGCUGGCUUCUUUGACAUGACUUACAACAACACCUCAAUGCGCUUCACAACAAUGAACUUUUUCCGUUUAAUCGCUAUUCUAAUGCCUCCGUCAUUAGAAGAUUGCACAAAAAUGUGUCUACAAGGAUUCUCCGAUACUGUUCGCUUCUUAACAAGAAAUAAUAUGACCACUUGCAUCAAGUGUCUCACCAUUCAAACAAACAUGGGAGACGCUGUGCCGAAUCCACCGCCAUCACAAGCAUCAAUGGUUUCUUCCUCAUCGGACACAAGUCGACCGUUUUCACCACCAACUCGCUCAAGAACAAGAUCCGCAAACUACAAUGGUCAAGGAACAAGGAAACGUUUUGAUUCGGAGUGUGAUACUUGUGGUGAUAGCGAUCAUAUGCACAACGCGGAUCUUGUUUUCCCGUCGAUUAUCCAAAGAACUUUCGAUGAGGCGUCAAAAGCUGAGGCGACUUUU